AUGGAAAAACCAUAUUAUGUUCGAAAUCAUAACAUAUUUACAAGUGGCAAUAUGCUCAGUUAUCCCGCUGGUGGAUCAACAAAUAUCUACAUGGAGGAUGAAGACGGACGAGCAUAUUAUAAUUUUGAAAUCAUUGAUAAAAUCUACGAUAAUUAUGUUGAACAUGGUUUUAUACCAAUAAUUGAAUUAGAUUUUAUGCCAUUAGAUUUAGUACCAGAUUCAAAAGAUUUACCAUCUGAUUGGGCAAUGGGUCGAGAUGUAGGGCAUGAGUCGUAUGAACAAAAUAAAUGGAAAUUACCACCUAAAGAUUAUAAAAAAUGGCAGCAGUUAAUUGAAAUAUUUGCUAAUCAUCUUUACGAAAGAUAUGGUGAACAAGUACAAAAUUGGUAUUUCGAAGUAUGGAAUGAGCCGAAUUUAACAAACUAUUGGUUAGGAUCAGUUGAAGAUUAUUGUAAACUAUAUGAUUAUUCUGCUGAAGCAAUUAAACGAGUAAAUAAAUCUUUUAAGAUUGGCGGACCAGCUACAUCGGAUAUUGGAACAGAGUUUUUAAAACAAUUUUUAGACCACGUGACAUCCGGUAAAAAUUAUGUAACGGAUGAAAUCGGAACGGCUAUUGAUUUCAUAUCAUUUCAUACAAAAGGUGCCUAUUAUGUUCCUCGAAGAUCUUAUGGUCAUAAAGUUAAUCAUCAAUCACCAAGUCUUGCAAAGAUUCUAAACGAUAUUCGUAGUAACUUAAUCGUUUGUAAUGAAUUUGAACAAUUGAAUAAUUUACCAAUCUUUAUUGAUGAAUGUGAUCCUGCUGUCGGUACAAUUUAUGGUGUUUAUGAUAAUCCAAAUUACAAUAUAUGCAAUACAGAAUAUUAUCCUUGUAUUGUUGCAUCGAUGAUCUAUCAUAUAUUAUCUUUGUCUAGUCGAAUUCAAAUGAUAACACAUUGGUCCUUUUAUAUGGAAGGAAAACGAUUAUUUGAAGGUAAUAGAACGCUAAUGACAAACUAUAAUUUACAUUUACCUAUUUUAUCUGGUUUGAAAUUAUUCGGAAAAUUAAAAUAUAAACGAUUACUCAUUGAAACGAAUCAAAUACAUUUGCCAAUUUUUGGUAUCGCAACAUGUGACGAUGAAAAUAAAAGUUAUCAAUUAUUACUUUUCUAUCAUGUUGACGAUUGGACACAUGAAGAUAUUCAAUCGAUUAGUAUCACUUUUAAAAAUAUUCCAUUAGAAAAUGUACUAUUGAAGCAUUAUCGAAUUGAUUCAAAUCAUAAUAAUCCAUAUGUAGAAUGGGUUAGAAUGGGAAAACCAGAUGAAUUGAAUCCGAAUCAAUUAGAGCAUUUGAAACAUAGUCAAGAAUUAAAAUUAUUGUAUGCUCCAGUUAAAUAUAAGAUUGAAAAUAAUCAAUUAAAAUUAGCUUCAUUUGAUUUGCCGAGUCAUUCGAUCUCGCUUAUUGAAUUAACAAAUAUUAGCAUUUAA